GCUGCCGGACGUGUUCGUGGCGGCAAGAUAAUAUAUAAACUUUAAUUCCAAAUUUUAUUCGCGUGCUUUCAGUGUGAGUGUUAAAAACGAUUAACGGCGUGAUUCGUAAAGUUUAUAGCGGAGAGAUAAAACCUUUGUGGAUAUCAAAGUGUUUUUUGGAUUUAAGAUGAUAAAUGAAAGCGGAAUGAAGAAUUGAGAAUGAACAACACAAUGGAUUCACCGAAUACAAUAUACAUUUACGAAAUAAGAUGAACUGUUUCCGCUCGAAAAUGAAAUUGAAAACGGAAUUGCAACGUAAACCGACCAAGAAUGAAUGAACCAGAGUUCACUGUGUAUCCAACAACGGAGAUUGUAUUUGAGUUAAACGUUACUCUCAAUACCAGUUGGGACAAUGAGGAAUAUAUUGCUAAUAACAGCACUGACGAUGGCAAAGACAAUGUUAAUAACUGGUGGGCUUUAGUAGCAUUGGUCCUUGUACUAUGUACAGCGGCUGGAAAUAUUUUGGUCUGUCUUGCGAUAUAUUUGGAGAGGAGAUUGCAAAAUGUGACGAACUAUUUCCUGAUGUCAUUGGCGAUAACUGACUUACUAGUUGCGGUGCUCGUGAUGCCAGUUGGAAUUCUGACACUUGUAAGAGGCUACUUUCCACUGCCAGCUGUCUACUGCCUCGUGUGGGUCUGCCUCGAUGUACUCCUCUGCACUGCCUCCAUAAUGCAUCUGUGUACCAUCAGUGUGGACAGGUAUCUGUCCCUUCGGUAUCCAAUGAGGUUUGGUCGGAACAAAACAAGAAAGCGAGUUACCGUCAAGAUCAUGUUCGUGUGGAUCCUGUCUACUGCCAUGAGCCUGCCACUUAGCUUAAUGUAUUCGAAGAAUGAAGAGUCUGUAUUAAUUGGUGGUUCCUGUCAGAUACCAGAUCCACUUUACAAGGCGAUAGGGUCUGUUAUAUCGUUCUACAUACCCCUCGGUGUGAUGCUGUUAACCUACGCUCUCACGGUGCAGCUCCUGGCACGGCAGAGGAAGGGUCUCGGCCAAGGAUGGGCAGCUGGAUGGCUUGGUGCGCUCCCAAUGGAACGGCGAUGCACGUGGAGACGAUUCCUUAGUCCUCGUGGUGGGACUCCUCAACAUUCGGCAGCUUCGACCGACACUGAACUUCCACCAAUAGACACCAGAGACCUAUGGCUUCAAGACUCCAGGGUUAAUAUAUCAGAAAAAGGUGGUAUGCUGACACCUGGGUCAUUAAGCGUCUCAUCAAGUUCGCCAUCUUCCAUGAUACAUGACAGAAGACGGCCAUCAUCGACUUACGAUACAAACACUCCACUUCAUCGAGCAAGAAGUGCCUCCGACGAUGAGGGCAAUGAAGGUUUGUUAGCACCAGUUACAUUGACUGCGAAAUCUAGAAGUUCCGAAGAUGGCCUCCUCCUACCUCCACCUUGUACAUGUCCAUACUUUGGUUCAGAAUCCACCCCUCCAAGAAGAACAACAGAAGUUAUUAUAGUCCCUGGUGGGAGCAUAAAUGGCUGCAACGGCUACCCGAGAAAUGGCAAUCUGAAGCCAGAAGAACCGACCUCUCAAUAUCUUAGAAGACCGAGUAGAGGAACAUCCUCCAUGGUAACUUGGGAGGAAGCUAGAAGAUUUAGGCGUGGUUCUAGUUUCGGAGGUGCUAGAACUACAAUAUCUACACCUAUCAGGAAUGUGAAAAACCAAAGAUCGAUCAACUCCCGACCUCAAAACAAUACCACUGCCACACCACAAAGACAAGCUCCACGAACCCAUCAUUCAAGAAACUCAAGUGUGAUCUCACGGAACUCAUCACGACACGGGAGAAUACUUCGAUUAGAACAAAAAGCGACUAAAGUUUUAGGAGUUGUGUUUUUUACGUUUGUCGUACUCUGGGCUCCGUUUUUUAUCCUUAACAUGGUACCAGCGGUAUGUCCCGAAUGUGAAAGAAGAAUACCAAGUUGGGUAUUCGAUUGUGUGCUUUGGUUAGGUUAUGCUUCUUCUAUGGUUAAUCCUAUAUUCUAUACUAUAUUUAAUAAAGUAUUUAGGCAAGCUUUUAAGAAGGUACUUAUGUGUCAGUAUUGUAAAAAGAAAAGAUAGCCAGCGCCCUGGGAGCGUAUGCGACCUGCUUCAGACCCAGGCUUUGCUGCGCUCUCAGUUAAUAGAAACUUACGAUCUCAAUUUGUGUGAGAUUUCAAUUAUUACACUUUUAAUAUUUAAGAGGCUAAGUACAUGAAAUACAUCUCAAGAUUUUUCUUCAAUCUUCGUUUGUCCAUCGUUGGCAAUAAUACUGUAUUCUUUUAAGGCGAACACGAGAACCACUUACGUAGAUAUUCUCACAAAUUCAUUGCAAUUAAAUUGUAAAAAAAAUACAUAGAAUUUUGGUCUAUUAUUAUAACUAUUUUAUAUUUAAGAGCGUUCCUACAAGAAAUAUAUAAAAUAUAAUUAAAUUAUAAAGGUAUCACAAAUUUUUAGUUAUUUUUUUAUCAUGAGUCAUAGUGCCAUUGAACCCCUAGACUUUCUACUAGUAUUAUACUAGAAUUUUUUUUCUAUUUAACCCCAUACACAAAUCCAGUAUUAUUUACAUUAUACCCUACAAGCUGUUGUCAAAAAUACCUACGCUGUCAUAACACUACUGUAGUAUAAAUACAAUAAUUAACAAUAAAUUAUUUGGUCAUAUAAAUAGUUCCUUUUUCUCAUGAAGUUCGUCUUUUUUAUGAUAAUAAGGGACGAGACCAGCAGAACGUUCAGCUGGUGGUAAUUGAUACGCCCUGCCCAUUACAAUGCAGUACUGCUUAGGGUUCUUGAGAAACACAAUAACUCUGAGCGGCACUACAAUUGCGCUCGUCUCCUUGAGACAUAAGAUGUUAAAUCUCGUUUGCCCAGUAAUUUUAGGUCUGUCACAGUUUUGCAUGUAGUACCUAUUGUUACAACAAUUAUUAUUGCAAUUACUAAUAAUAAUAAAGUCUUUUAUUAAAAGUGGGGGAUAUAUUCUCAGAAGCUCUGUAAAUUAAUAAUAAACAGCUUGAACCUCGUGUUAGAUUGAAAUGUAAGCUGUUAUAGAUGAUUUUAUAAAUUAGAUACUCUGUAUAUAAAUUAUUCUCAGUACGUUCAAACUCUUCAUAGUUUUAAUUAACAUUACUAAGAAGACGCUUAAAGCAUUUGACGAUAUAAUGUUAAUUGCUAGCACAGUAUAUGUAAUAUCAAAAGUUAAUUAACUCGAGAUGAUAUGUUCAUGAAUUGUCUACAAUAUUCACGACAAUUAUUUGUAAAUGAAUGCGAUUAUUAAUUAAUGUUCGGGUAAAUUUAGUCUAGUCAUACAAAGGUUGAGGAGUCGCGAUGAAUUAUGAAUACGUAAUUGUUGAUAUAAUUGACUGUAUGAUAAACGUUGUACGUGUAAUAUAUUAUAUAAUCCUUUUAGAAAAUCAACACUUUCUGACUGAUCUCAUGUUGAAAUUUGAAUCAGUAGUGAUAAUGUAUAAUAGUUAAAACAUUAGCGGCUUUACAAAUAAACUUGGAAUAAAGUUAUAACUGAUGAUAAAAAAAGACAAUGCAAAAUGUUUACAAUACCCUUGAAAACACUGUCAAUACAAUGUUAAUUGUGAAGUUUUCCGAAUGACAAGCUGCCUUGGAAAUAAACGCGGGAAACGUUAUACGUCCGAACAAACCAUUCGUAAGCAAAAUGUGUAUUUGUGAACAUUUUACAUAUUCUUGGUUUAUGCUUAGUUAUAACUUUAUGCCAAUUUUAUUUGUAAUGCCGGUAUAGUUUAAAUUGGAUAGUUAUUAUAGUUUAGAGUUUAUUGAUAUCUAGAAGCCUUGAUUUUGUUACUGACUUACUGAUGGUCAUCAAAAUUCUUAGCGUACUGUAUGUACUGUACCUAAUGUCCUAGAAAAGUGGUUUAGUAUGUAAACUAGUAUUAGUAGAGAAACAACAAAACAAUCUAGUCGAAAUAUAUUGCUUGGUCCUUUCGUUCAUACUAGAACCUUGCAUAACAGAAAAGUAAUAAACAUUGGAUCAAUUUUUUACGUUGGCCCGAGUGAAUAUUGCAAAAUGGCCAAGCUAUAUAUUUUGAUAAAGGUGUAGAGUUUGUGAAGUUAGGCCUUGUAGAGUUAGGGCAUUUAGAAUUAGAAGCUUGGAUCCUGUGCUCAGCUCUACAUGAUAUCUGAUAACGCAACACUUAUUUAGGCAACAUUCUACAUGAAAAUGUGUUUGGAGGGAUAUUAUUUAUCUGUAUUAAAUAUAUAAUUAUAAUAAUAAAAUUAAUAUUAAUAUUUAAGAACAUUUUGGCAAUGUGCUUUCUUAAUUUCUUUUGAAAAAUCUUGAUUAAAAGUUACGCCCUAAUAAUUUAACAGUGCAAUUUUCGUGCAAUCGAAAUUCGUAGGUGAUUUCUAUUUAGAUAUAACUAUAUCAUUAGGUAAACCACUAGGUCUCAGAAUAUAAAUAAAGUAAAGAACAGUUAUUUCUUGUUUUGUUAUUUUGCAGCGAAUAUUUAUAUUCUAAUAUUGUUUUGAAAUGAUGAUUGCGAAACUGAAGUGUUCAAGUCUCCAAGGACAGAUAGCCGUUAGGUCAGCCAGAAGACGCAGUGUUGGUAGGCCUCUCACAAGAUGGACCGACGAUCUGUUAAGAUCGUCGGAAUAAGUUGGUCCUGCGCUGCUCUCAGUACGGGACGGAUCGUCAUUGAGAUAUUGGGGGAGGCCUUUUUCCAGCAGUGGACGUCUUUUGGCUGAAACUAUGAUGAAGAUAAUUGAAAUAUGUAUAUGAAGUUGGUAUUUCUGUAAAGUGUAUUAUUUCAUCAGUAACAAGUUCGUAGUUCGUGAGACAGGCUUGCACUUAAGUAUUUCUCUUUUUCGUUUACAGUAAUGUGACGAUUGUUGAUGGCAAUUCAUAAUUUGAAGUUAGCAGUCGCUCAUUCACAUAUCAACAGCCACCUAAGGGUUCUUUGUUGAAUAGGUUAUUGGAGAUAUUGUGAGUUUUUGUUGUUUUAGGAAUACUUAAUAUACAAAUGCAAGUUAAUUAACCGAGCAUGUAAUUCGAUUUGACUAUGCUAUUAUGUCUGGUAUCAAGAAGUCUCUCACAGCUGAAACACAGUUCAUACUAGUAUAGCUGCCUUUGCUACCUGUAUAUAACUUAUAUACUUGAGAAACAUGUUAAAAAGGCAUAUAAGGCAUUUAUUUUCUCAAAUUUGAUUCCUUUACAAUUAUUUUUGUUGUCAUUUCCAAUAUACAAGAAUACUAAUACUGCUUCGGAAACAAAUGGCGCUCUGAGAGAGAAGAAGCAGCGCAAGAAACUCUCCAAUCAUUCCUUUUUUGCGCUCUUUUUAAUGAAAUAUGCAAUAUUGUACUGUCAUUGCUUAAUAAGCAAAGUCUAGUUUCAGACUGUCGGAUCACUAAAAUAUUCAACUGUGGAGUAGUAGGACUUACGACAGACCCAUUUUUUAAAUAAAAAAAUUAAAUUUAUAUAGAGAUAAUGCAUUAACGGUUGCUGGUACUUUAUUAUAAAAGUGUAUACAUUUACCCUUAACGCUAUCUAUGUAAAUAUCAUAAAUGUAUUUUAUUAAUUUGUGUUAAUUUAAACUUUUAUUAUUAUUUAUUGUAAUA